UUAGAGAUCCAUAAACAUUCGUUCAUCCUAGAAUAUUUUCUGGCAGUUCCCAGUACGAUCAGCUGCCUUUUCUGAAGCCGCCUAUGCAUUUAUGACCAUGCAUUGAGAUAGAAAAACAAAUGAAUAGGAACUUGAGUAGAACAGGCUGAAGAAAGCAGAAAGGACUGAACAAGGAACAAACUAUCUGAACUAUUCUUUUGUUCCUCCUGAGGCUGUCCCUCCUACCCCAAGAAACAGGAAGAAUGAAAGAGAAAGAGGGCCAUUUGUUAGUAAGAAGAACCUUGGAAGUUUUCAGCCAAAAUGUUCUUUCUGGAUGCUGCCAUGGCCUCAGAUUUGUCCAUUGUGAUCUUGCUUCUUUGGGGUGUGCAAUGUGGAGCAGAAUCUCUUGAUGUUCAAGACACAUCUUUAAUUCAGAUCGCUUUUGCCAAUGAAACAGUUAAACCAACCUGCAAGAUUACCAUGAUUUGUAAGCCAGAAUAUGCAAACUUUACAAUCAGUUAUUACCGGAGUGAUCUAGAAGGGAAGGAAAUCACUAUCUAUAAGUAUGACUAUAAAACUCAACCUGCAUGCAGUGUGAACACAACAUUCACAACCAGGUACAAGCUUCAAAUCACCCCUACUCGACAUGCAUCUGUUACUGGUACCUACUACUGCAAAGUUGCGUGGAAACCAUCAACAAUAAGAAGAGGGAAUGGGACGUUUAUCCUUUUCAGAGAGAAAGGGUAUUUCCUUGCAGAGAAAACUUCUACUAUAUGGAUUUGCCUCAUCACUGUCAUCAUUCUUUUGGCUGCUUUAAGCAUAGUGGGAACAGUCUUGCUGGCCUGGAAGAGAGAGGUGGUGUGGCCUUGGAAGAACCAUGUCAAGAAGUGCCCAGAUAAAAGGUCAACACCUCAGCACAUUUCAAGCAGCCUGGAGCCUCCUGAAUCCAUGUACACUGACUUACAACCUCAUCAACCUGACAUCUAUAUAGACUUUCAGAAAAAUUUAAGUAACCCAUCAUACACAGGGAUGUCUAAAACUAAGGACAUCCAAGGAGAAAUCCAAGAUGUUUAUGAGAACAAUAGUACAGAUGUGUACGAGAACAUCUAAGAAAAGGGACAGCACUGUCCAGUUCUAACUUCCUACACAGUUGAAAAGAAGGUUUUGAAUUCUCAUUGUAAUUAAGCAUGAGACAAGCAACCUGUUGCAAAAGGACAUACUGUACUGAUAUUAGUUUAGAACAGUAGCCUGGGAAGACGGCUGGAACAGCCUAGUACUCUGUAACAUGAAUUUUUUUCAACAAAGUAAAGUCAGCUAAUAAAGUGAGAAUGGGAACAGGAUGCAAGAAGAGAGAGUUCUUAAAAUGAAAAUGGAAUCUUCUCAGCUUACCAUCAUCAUUUGUGAUCUCACUUCCAGGGAAACCUAUUUAGAAGAAUUAAAUCCUGCAAACAGUUUUGUCAUUACAAAAUCCAAAAAGGAUAUCUACAAUGUUGUGCUGACUGUUAAAUGUAUCUUUCUUGAUUUUUACGGAUUUUAUUGUACAUAGUGACUGAAAGCAUCUUGAUGGGAAAGACUUUAUUUUUGAUGCUUUAGAUAUUGCUGUACUUUUAAGCUAUUCAUUAUUUUUACUAGUUAGAGUAAUAGGAGACUCAGCACCCAAGAGGUUACACUUGUGAAUUUUUCAUCCCUUAUUUCCCUUUCACCAAUGGAAAGGAAGAAAAGAAGUCUCACCUAAUCUAUUGACUAAUUUGAUAUAAGCAAUGAAUAAGAAAACUUGGGACACCAUGCCUCAGAUUUAAUAUAUGAAAACACAUCACUUGGAGAAAAAAAUCAUGCUGACCUACUGGUUUCUUUCAGUUCUAGACAAUGUACUAUAUUUGGAGAAUAGCCGCUCUCAAAUGUUUCAGAUCCAGGUCUUUGUGUACAAGUUAAAGUAGUUUUAAAAACUUACCUUAUUAUUAUUCUCAGCAAAAAGAUGUUGUUUGUGACUAUGAGCCAAAGAAAAUAGUUUUUGUUUGCUAAUGUUGAAUUGAGGUAGGAGGGAUAAGCAAAUUACAAGCUUUGAUUUAUUCAAUUUACAGGCUGUUUUUACUUUAAAUUUUAAAAAGUGCACAAGCCUGAAGACAGGUGUGAUUUUAUAUUUGCUAUUGUUGAUCAGCUGCUCUAGGAGCCUUUUCAUCUUAAUGCUUAAAAUGACAAUGUGGUUCAAUGUUAAUGUUUUCAGGUCCACUUAAAAUCAAACCCCAAGAUGGGAUGCGCCAGUCAAUAAAAGC